CUGCUCUCGACAAUGAUCUCAAUGGCAUGAUACAGCGGAACAGGAGCUCUCAGAGUCAAGUAUAAGAUCACCCAAACAUCCCUAGCAUCAGUAUCGGUGUCCCAACCCCAAUAUAAAUACCCGAAACAAUAUACACACUACCACCAUAAUGCUCGGCAAAAUCGUCCUCGAAGAAGCCUACGAACGCCCCGGGAUGCAACAAAAGUCCCAACACGAAGCAUCCCUCUAUAUAGCCCCUGGUGACCGCGACCGCUACAUGCGCCAAAUCAACGACAUCCACGACGAACGCCUCCGUCUUUCCAACGAGCACGGCAUUGGCUACACAGUCGUCUCUCUAACCGUUCCUGGAAUCCAGGGCAUAACCAACAAAGCAGAGGCCGAGAAGACAGCUACAGAAACUAAUAACUGGGUGGCAGGGCAGAUUAAGGACCAUCGUGACCGUUUGGGUGCGUUUGCCUGUCUAUCAAUGCAUGACCCCGUGCAGGCGGGAGUGGAAUUGCGCCGGUGUGUGAACGAGCUAGGAUUCCAUGGGGCAUUGCUCUGCGACUUUCAGCAUGCCGGUCCCAAUGGCGAGACAUACCUCUUCUACGAUCAACCACAAUACGACGCUUUUUGGAAAGUACUCAUAGACCUCGACGUCCCACUGUACAUCCACCCCGCCGCCCCCGCAGACGUCAUCUACGAGAAACUCUACCGCGAGCGUUCAUACCUAAUCGGCCCACCACUCUCCUUCGCCAACGGCGUUAACUUACACACCCUCGGCCUAAUCACAAACGGCGUCUUCGACCGCUUUCCCACAGCAAAGGUCAUCAUCGGCCAUGAUGGCGAGCAUAUUCCCUUUGACUUCUGGCGGAUAAACCACUGGUUCAAGGAUGUUAAAAAACCCAUUGCGCAGCAGGCCGGGGAUGUCAUGUGUAAGAAGAGUAUCUAUGACUAUUUCAAGGAAAAUAUCUGGAUUACGACGAGUGGGCAUUUCUCGACAAGGACGCUGAAGUAUGUUGUUGAUGAGAUUGGGGCGGAUCGGGUGCUGUUUAGUGUUGAUUAUCCAUAUGAAAAGAUUGAGGAUGGGUGUGGGUGGUGGGACAAUGAGGCGAAGGUGAUUCGGGAGGCUGUGGGGGGUGUUGAUGCGUAUAGGCGGAUUGGGAGGGAUAAUGCGAAAAGGUUAUUGAAGUUGGGGGAGUUUCAUGAUUCGGAUGCUCCGGCAGCUUGAAUUACUUGUAAAUGCUUUGUGAUAUAGUAAAUAGUGACAAUAUAUCUUGUGGAAG